GCUGUUUUUACAGAACACAGCUGAGAAACACAUAUUGACGUUGUACGCGAUACUCCCUCCUUGGUGCUGUUGUCGCGCGGGUGCUAGUUUCGUUUGUUUAUACGGAGUAGCCCACUGCACGUAAACAGGUAAUCUGCCAGUCGCAAUCGUUGUGCGCCUCGAAACUGGCGAUCGGCCUCCCGCAGCCCGCCGCGCAAACCUGCACUCUUCCGAGCGGACCACGCCAGCUUUCAGCUUGUUUACUCAAAUCGUCCGACCGAACCACUCUUUCCCACGGUUUCGCGUACAACAGCGCACCCGACCGCACCGCGCGCCCACGACGUUAGCCCCUGACAUUCCCGAAUCGCUCCUCUGCGGCCUCGGUCGCAAUGAGAAAAGCCAAUUGAAGCGACCAUGGUUCGUGUCACGGAGGAGCUGGCUCUCUCGCCAGAGCACGUCACUCUCUACUACGCCAGCGACCCGUUGCUCGGCAAUCUGCCUGUCCUGAUCUUCCACGGGCCUUCGACCACCGCCAAUUACACCCUCAACAGCUCCCGCAUUCAGAUCCACAUCUACAGCCCGGCCGGCUACCAGUCCUUCCCGCGCAUCACUGUUUCGCCCAAUUCGCCGUUCUACAGUGUCGUCGCCCACCUCCCGCGCGAGUUCCAGGGCGACGAGAUCUGCAGGGGCCUGGCCUUUGGUCUCUACAAGUACUUUACCGAGCUGCCUGAAGUCGUCAAGGACCAUCUGAAAAACCAAUAUCCCGUCACCCGUGCCCGGCGCCCAGGCUCGGCACCGUCCCUCUUCGGCGAGCAGCAUGCCGCCGACCUUGCCAAAGCCGCCGUUCAGGCAGAAAACACACCAGAGGUCGUCGGGAUCCUGGAAGAUGCUCUGCGGACGCAGCACGUGAGCAGUGUCGAUAUGGAUCUCGUCCUGCCACCAGGCUCCAUCGUGCCCCUGGAACACGCCGACUUCGACGAGAUUCCCGACGACGAGGACGACAUACUGGAUCCGACUUUGCGGCAGUACAGCGGGUACAGCCCCUUAGUGAAGCUGUUUGGAGAACCUGUCUUCCUUCCGACCUCCAAGCUGCGGCGAGCGCCGUCGCGGCCUACCUCGCUAAACCGGACCAAGUCCUUUUCCAAGAACCAAAAGGUGGAGCUGCGCAUGAAGAUGGGCGAGCUGGUCGACACGGAGGAACGCUACGUGCUCAAACUGAAUGAGCUCGUCAACAACGUUGCCAAUGACUUCCGUCAAAAGGCGAAGGAGCGCCCGCCCGGGAGCAUCAGUCCCUCGGACGAAGACCUGGAGAAGCUGUUUCCCAAAUCGGCAGACAGCAUUCUCGAGAACAACUCGGCCUUUAUGCAGAAGCUCCGACGAGUCAUGGAUGAGACCGAGGAGGAAGCGCUCAGGGACAUGGAGCUUCCGUUUUCUGCCAUUAGACUUGCUGGCCCCAACAAGGGCAAGGAUCCGAGCGGUGCCGUUGCCAUGGCCAAGAUCUUUCUCGAGUGGUUUCCCAAGUUCACCGAAUGUUAUCAGGACUACAUUCGCGCCAGCCAGAACUUCCCACAGCUUCUCAAUGCCUUCCUCGACAGGCAGUCGAGUUUCCGUCAGCGAGUUGUCCAAACAGGAGAGCAAACCAUCCGCUCGCUCCUCAUUGAGCCGGUACAACGACUACCACGAUACAGCUUAUUCAUCGACCAGAUAGUCGCCUGCCUGCCUAUGACGCAUCCGGCGCUCCAGCUAUUUCUUCGAGCAAGAGACAUCAUUACUAACAUCUGCUCCAUGGACGACCCGCUUCCAGACAAGCCCCACGUCACAAACCGCCUUCGCGCCAUGGUUGAGCAUUGGCCGGCGGACCUUCAACCGCACGGCCGGCUGAUUCUCGCCGCCGACUUUCUUGAGCUCGCCGCACCGUACGUCCCUGUUCAGCAGAAUCAGGAGGCGCCGGACCGGCCAGGCAUUUUGCUCCUCUUCUCUGACUGUAUCGUCAUUCUCCAAAAGCGGACAAACUCGAGCAUCAACGGCCGAGACUUUCUGCGCGAGAUUGACAAGCCAUCGCCUGCUGGCUUGCUCGCAUCCAUGACCAACGCGGCUGGAGGACCUGGGAGUUGGGAAUAUGCAUUUACCGGCUGGCAUAGCCUCGCUGAUGUUCGUUUCACCGAGUCCUCUGACGGCCGGCUUAUCUGGAUGACAUCGACCCAGGAGAUGAAAGGUGCCCAUGCUGGCGAGUAUUUCACCAGCAAGGCCAUGACGUCGAGGUGCUUUUUACUCCAGGAUCAUUACGAGGGAAAGGCCAGCAAAUGGAACGAAGACAUUGUCAAAGCGCGGAUCGAAGGCAGGUUCUCCGAGAAGGAAAGGGAAGAUCCCACCUGGACGCUCCGGACGGUCAGAAUGCAAGACAACAACUUUGGCCUGCACGCGGCUGUCUUCCAGGAAGGUGCCCACCAGCUCAUCGAGGGCCGCAGGGAGCCCGCUCCCAUCCGCGUCGUUCUGGACAACGAUAAAGGCACCAAAGGGGCGCCUGUCGGCCAUUACGGCGUCGAGAUUGUGGUCGAGGUUCGGAGCGGCGACAUGCGCAGGGUAUCGAUGAAUACAUUGGGCCUGAACGGAAAGAAGUUCACCGACGACAUUGCCCUGGAGGACUUCCUCCCUACCCUCUCGCGCAGGAUCAUACAGUUGCUCAGCACCCAGUUCAGCAUCUCCAACGUGAGGCUCGUGCCAGCCCUGGUUUCCUAUUAUACCAAGGUUCUGCGCGCAAUCAACAUUAACGCCAAAACCGAGAGGAACACUCGAUCGUUCCUCUCGUCCUCGCCUGUAAAGCUGCUUUCAAACUUCCUUGUGGGCAACACUGCGUCAUCCAACAGCACCUCGGUCGACAAUGUGGGUAUCAACGGAUCCAGGCAUAAGCGGACCCGCUCCAACAGCACUCGAGAUGUCACAGUGAUAUCCGGUUCGGUAAAGGACCGAGACAUUCCCCGUCUCACUGUGGAUGAAGAGCCGCCCGAGAACCCGUUGGUUCGGCUCGAGCAGACUUUCACUGGCUACGUCGCCAACAUGCAGGCACGCAAGGGCUACUUCAUCGGCCGCACUUUGCUGAACAGAUGCAUGGCCGACGAGACUGCCGUCAACGACCUCUACAAUCGCCUCAUCGAGUUCCCCUUUGACCUGGAUGCUGCUUCAGAGCUUGGCACAGAGGUCAUUUUCGCAGCUUUUGAAAAGUUCAUUCGCAUCGCUUGGCGCGAGCAAAUAGGGCCGGUCAUGACCAUGCAGCACUUGGAGGCUCUCCAGGUACGGGCUUCCAAGAAGGUUGUGGGUGACUUUGCCGACUUUGUUCGGUUUCUGUUUGGAGACAUGGCCCCCCAGAAUCGCCGGGCCUUCACUGCCCUGAUCAAGCUGCUCGCAGACCUCCUCGACGGCUGUAAUAAUGACGGCGAUAGGGGUGCGUUGACGCUGGCUUUUGCAGAAUUGCUAGUCGACGACGGCAGCGCAUCGACCUACAUCAACCUUCUCGACCGCCUGGUUGAGGACUGCGACCGCAUCUUCGAAAAGGCAGACGCCGCAGAUCCCACAGGUUUACUCUCUGGGGGUUCUCCCUACGAGUCUUUGACCGCCAGCAGCCGCAGCCAGAAGUCAAUAACGGGGUCAAUGACGUCCAACACCUCGUCACUGCGGAGGAAGUUCGGAUUCGACACGCUCUUGCGCCAAAACAGCAAGACGGAGACGGACCGGCCGUCCAUGUGGCGCACGCUGAGCAAGCACAAUAAGACGCUUAGUUCGGAGAGCAAUAGUCUGUCGAAGGCCAGCAGAUCCAAAUCAGUGGACAUGGGCCACAAUUACACAUUACCCAACAGGCUGCGCCGCCCUGCCUCCCGUGACCGCCCUCCCGUUGCCGGCGCAUUUGAUGAUAUCGGGCACCGGCCUGCCAGCUCCUACCGGCUCGAGACUAUUGGCGAGCCGGAUGGGACCGACACGGCCCAACCAAAGUCUGCCAAGAAGAAGCGUAGGAGUUCCCUUUCGGACCUGAAGUCCCUGAUGGAGGCAGCAAGCUUGGAGGACGACCAAGAGCCGCCUCUCAUGCCGCUGCGCAUCAACAGGCAGCAGACAGCCGAGAAAUUCAACUCGGUCCCGCGCCCUCCAUCACCUUCCAAAAUUCCCAUCAGUCCCCAGUCGCAAGUCCAAACCUUCCGCUCCUCCAAGCAGAAGGAGAAUGAGGCAGACCCAUUCCAGCCGCCACUCGAGUCUCCCGAGGCCGAGAAGCCGACAAUGCAGAGAAUGCGUGCUAGAACCAUGACGAUCUCGCAAAUCCCAACCCUCAAACCGCCCCCGUCUCGCAUCCCUGCGCCGCCGCCGCCAGAAUCGCCGACCCGGCCGUCCUCCAGCCCCGGCAAGCCGCCAGCACCAAGCAGCAGCCAAAAGCUCCGUCUCCAAUCCCCCCAGAAGCUUCGCGAGCGCUUGCAGACGGAAAAGAAGGCCGUCGACGAGGUCGACGCGUCCCUCCAAUCCGAACUCUCGCGCAUCUCGGAGGACAUGGCGCGCGUCAACUCGGCACUGCCCCGGUCUGCGACGGGCGACAUCCGCAAGCUGUCGGCGGCCGUCAAGGCACUCGAGGACCGCGUGCCGCAGGUGAUCCGGGAGCUCGAGGAGCGGCACGCUGUCAUGCAGCGCGACGUCGAGGCCACGCUGCGGGCGACCGAGGCCAAAGUGAAGGCUAUUGAUCAGCUGUACAAGGAGGCUACGGCGGAAAAUGAGCUGCUGUAUGAGAAGUUCAACUCCGAGCUGGGCAAAAUUGUGAAGGCGCUCCGGGGCAAGGGGAGGGAGGAGAAGGAGGAGCUGGUGGGGCGGUUGAGGGAGGCGAGUGAGGAUGCGGCGAGGGCUAAGAAGGAGAAUGCACGGUUGAGGAGGGAGAUGGUCAGUUUGAGGAUGCUUCUUAAGGGGGCUACGACUUCGAGUGGCGGCGAUGGCGGCGGCAGUGGGGAGGGGAAUUAGGUGAUCGCUGGGUUGCUUGGGUGGGGAUUGGUUUCUUCCGGCUGGUGGUUCGUGAUAGGAUCGGUGAAAAGGAGGGUUUGGCGUUGACGGGCUUGCCUUGGCUUAUUCGGCCUGGGUCGUGUGGGAUUAUUGUCUUGUGUUGGGAAUAUCGGUUGUUGGUUGUGAUGUGUUUAGUUUAGGGAUCCGCUGCUCGGACGUGGCGCGGACACGGUGUAUUGCGGGGGUUUUGGACUUCGAUGUUCAUCUGGCCCUGGUAUCAGCUCGCAUAGCAGCAGGAAUACUGACAUGAUUGUGAAUGCAUA